AUGCAGGUUGGUGGUGGAGUACGAGAGAAGAACGAGCUGCUCUGUGCAGACUGCUGGAAGGUGUUCUCUACCGAUUCUUGGGAUGACAACAGCAAGCCUCAAAGUGGAGAGGACGAGCACCCAUCGCGAAAGCGCAAGCUUCAGGAAGGAGGUGCCCAGGAUGCCCUUGGCACCUUAUGGGAGGACCCAGAAAAUAGCAGUGAGGCAGUGGCAAACAAGCUUGAUGCCGAUCCUCACUUCCCAGAGGAGCCCCUGGAUCACCUCAGGCGACUCAGCGGCGCAGGGGUCUUGGAUCCAGGCUCAGCUUUUGCACGUGCCUUGGUGCAGAAGCAUGCGGAAAUCGCAGCAGCAGGCAGCGCGAACCAGGUUCUAGCCGAAGAUAAAGGCUCAGGGGGCAGGGCUGUCACUGAGCCAAUGAAGAGGGCAGGGUCCGCCCUGGCAAGGGACAGGAGCGGACGAUUCAUAGGCAAGAGCAAGCAAGCAGACAAGGUUGAAAGCAGCGGAGCAGGGCCAAGCGCCCCUGCCAGAAGGGGCAACAUUGACCCAGAUGAUCCACUGGAGCAGGACCUGAUGGUCUCACAGGCGCACCUCUUUGAUGACGCCCCUGUGCGUGGGCCGGCUGAGAGCCUCAACGCUCAGGUAUCGCAGAACACUGUGAAACAGGAGGUCAGCGGGGAGGUGCUCUCGCCGGCCGCUCGGAUGCAAGCCAACAGCCCUGUACAGCCGCAAGCCGUGCGUGUACGCAGCGGUGUCGCAGACACAGACUGCCUGGCUGAGCUCAAGCAGAUGCGCUCCAAAGUGGCCACCCUGGAACAGACCCUCCUGGCUGCGCGGCUACAGACGCUCUGCAUAAUGUGCAAGGCAGCGGCGCGGAGCACGGUGGCGUGGCCAUGUGGGCAUGUGCUGUACUGCGCCCCCUGCAUGGCUGCUCGCGUGGCGGCCAGCGGCACCUGCCCCGAGUGCUCCUCACCCAUUGUGGAGACACACGCUGUGAUUUUUGGUGGGCCAUGA